AUGGCAAGAUCAAGUUUCACAGGCGUAUCUCAGCGCGUCCAGACGGAGAAAAUCAAGGAACACUUAGGAACCGCAAGCGUGAGCUUCAAUAUUCUGAACUUCCCAUAUUCGAAAGUGCUAGACCCGAAGAAAGUCCAGCGAUUAACGCGGCUAUUCAAAGCCGAGGGCUGCCGACCGGUCGAGUUUGCCAAUCGCAUACCUGCCCUCGUCCACAAAACUCAGCUCCAGGAGUGCCUGAGCGAUUUAGGACUACCAGAGGACCAGUUGCUGUAUGAUGGCCUCGGGAACCCUUCCAGACUUGAGUUUCCUCACGGGUUCCGCUUAACAUGCCUCCGGGGGCGCCACCGAGUCAAGGCGGCCGAAGACGUCCUGCACCCUGCGGAUAGGCGGUGGGUUGUCGAUCUAUACCCUGCAGAGAUAAGCGAGGAGCUAAAGGCCAUGCUCAUUAGGGGGCAUUCGAACGAGUGGAGGCCUAAUCACGGCGAGUUUUUCUACAGGAUACGUGAGUUUCAGGGAACGUUCGGGGAAAGGAACGACUAUCUUGAGCAUCGAUGGUUCGCCCAUCUGGCCUCCGUAUCAACAACAUUUAUCGCGGAGAGCUUCCGCCAACUGAUCCAUCACCCGACGUUUGGGCCGGCAUUUGACGGCUUCCAACAUCUUCCGGCCGUGUAUGACGGACUACUGCUCGGCAUAGUAAAGAAGAUGAUUGCUAUGAAAUGUCACGAAGAGCAUAUAUCCUUCCUUGAGCACGUAAGAGGAUUCUUCGAAUCCGUAUUUGACCGGGAUGUCGAUAAGAUGCAAAAGUUCGACGUACGUACUCUGAAAGAGAUUCAAUACAAAGCGCCCGGAGCAUGCAAAUCCGAGGAUGAGGAAUUGUAUGACCGCGUGUGUGAUGGCGAGCUCUUCGGUGCUUUUACGGGGCAGGAACGGGAUGUGAUAUGGAGAAGGGUUCGUUCCGCGACCGCGGACUGCGUGGUGCCGUCUCUCUCCGUAUUCUUCAAGGCCCGUACCUGGUUAGAAGGCCCGGCGAGAUGUCUCCGACGACUCGUGAAGGUUACGAAGGAAGAGACGAUCCGCUCUACCAUAGAACAGGCCUUCUCGUGUUCGAAAAAACCUCGUGGGUACCGUCUUACCGACGGUCAGUGGUUUGAUUUUGUAUAUAGGACGCUGUGGCUUUAUGCGAUACGUGGAUACCGGGAUAUGCUGCCCGAGAAGCCCGAGAAGAAGAAAAAGCUAGGCCAUGCAAAGAGAAGCGAAGCUGACGGGAACGUCCUCUUCGAAUUUGCGUCAUUGGCUAACGAGCUCGGGGUCUAUACCAAACAGAUCGGCGAUAUACUCGGGCGGGAAAGCUGCCAUAAUAAUAUAGAAGAUCGCAUGCUCGAUAACGAGAACACAACGCAUCGGGGUGAGGAGGAAAGCCUAGACAGGAACGCGACGGGUCGUAAUUCCAGUUCCGGCCCGCCAACCCGGCGUAGGCUAUUUCGCGGCUCCAAUCGACGUCAAGGUACGUCUUUGAUGUUUUUAGCGCAGCUGCAUAGUCCGAUCGAGGGGCAGGGCGAGUCGCCGUCAUCUUUCUUCGUCGAACGGUCCAGCUAUUUUGCUUACUUUGGAAGGGAGAUUGAUAUUUCCCUCGAAGACCUAGCCAACCUCGAACGCGAUAUUAUCCACGAUAAGAGAAGGCCUUCGAACCACCUCGAAGGGUCCCAGGAAUCACGUUGGAGCAGGAAAGAGCUAAGCCGGGCAUCCAGCCUCGAGGAGUGCCGCAGCGAACGGCUUCCUAAUAUCCGACGCGAAAUUCUAGACCAAGAGGUACUGCUGCGAGAACAGCAAAGAAAAAUCGAGGACCUCCGGGCGGCAGCACGAGAUAAAGAGAUCGAAGUCGCACAGAUAGCGGACGAGGAAAACAGGCUGCGGGCUAUGAUAGAAGAGCUGAGGGGAGAGAACGAGCUACGAAUAAGACAAGGCGGGCUCGGGGCGGUUAGGAAACGGAUCGGACCAUCUACGAAGGCGGAGGAAGAUCUCCGAGCUAGCGUGGAGGAGCUUUCCAAGAAGGAACGGGAGCAACAGGCUAGACUGGAGCAACUCGCCGUGGAUGAACUGGACUGGCUAGCGAGGCUGGACGAGCUUCAAUCAAGCUACGAGAAGAAGCGGUCGUCACUGGCAGAGCUCGAAGCGAAGGAACGAGGAAAGAUUGAGAAUUUAGAAAUGAUUACGGCCAAGGUCCGGGAGUUGACCCGGAAGGAAAACGAACUACUGCUAGGGAGAACCGAGCUCCUAGCAGCCGUAGACCAGAGUGCUCUGGCAGCAGCCCCAAUACGAGAUAGUGAAACUGCCGCGCCUUCGAAUCCUCCUCGGGAUGUCCCAAGAAACAAAGCCAUGCCACAACCCGCAGAAGUCGUCAUUAAAUUCAUGGCUCGCAGGAAUAACGAUUGGAUCAUAUCAGAUGAGGUCGCGGCAGAUCCGAAGGAUCCUUUACAUAUUCAGCGAAUCGCGGUAAAGUAUCUACGCAAAGGGAUAGGCAUUUAUGAUCAUAACCUGCAAGUUCUAUAUCCAGAAACCUGCUUUAAUAUGGUAACUUCAGAUGGUACAAAUACGAUUUAUCUACAAUUGCGUCGGGAGGUUUAG